CUUCUCUCUCUCUUUCAACGGGCGAGGAUUUUUGAAAGAAAGCUUUCACAGUUUUCUUUUCUUCGAGGGUUCGAACUUUUUUUUUCCUCUUUCUGUCUCUCGAUGAGCACAGAUUCGGUUCCCGCCAUUCUUCUGCAACCGGAGGAUGUUGGGUUUUGGAGAGACGUAGAAGAUGAUGAUUGAGGUGAAAAAUGAGCAGUUUUGUCUUCAGAACAAGCAGUCAACUGCUGCUUCGAACUCUUCUGUUUCUGAGGGUAGCUGUAACAUCGCUCCGAAGUCUCCGGGGAUUUGCAGCCCUGCUUCAACGUCGCCAUCGCAUCGGAGGACAACUGGCCCUAUAAGGCGAGCAAAAGGUGGGUGGACUACAGAGGAGGAUGAGACGUUAAGAAAAGCUGUUGAAUCUUUUAAAGGGAAGUGUUGGAAGAGAAUAGCUGAAUUUUUUCCUGAUAGAUCAGAGGUGCAAUGUCUGCAUCGAUGGCAAAAGGUUCUUAAUCCAGAGCUUAUUAAAGGCCCAUGGACCCAGGAGGAAGAUGAUAAGAUCAUUGAACUGGUAUCGAAGUAUGGGCCUACAAAGUGGUCUAUUAUAGCAAAAUCCUUGCCAGGUCGUAUAGGAAAACAAUGUCGGGAGAGGUGGCACAAUCAUUUAGACCCAAUGAUAAAAAAAGAUGCUUGGACCUUGGAAGAGGAACUUGCACUCAUGAAUGCUCACCGAAUACAUGGGAAUAAAUGGGCAGAAAUAGCCAAACUCUUACCUGGCAGGACUGAUAAUUCAAUAAAGAACCACUGGAACAGUUCCUUGAAGAAGAAGUUGGAUUUCUAUUUGGCUACUGGAAAACUUCCAACAGCUCCAAAGAAUGGCCUCCAAAAUGGUGCCAAAGAUUUAUCUAAACCAUCAAAUACAGGAAAACCUGCUGCUUGUUCUAAUAAAAGACUGGGCUCGACAGUUGAAGCUUCCCCAGGAAACGAAAUUAUUUGUAAAUUGAAGGAUUGCAAGGAUCAUGUGGAGUCAUCAAGACAAAGAUUCCCAUGUACAGAUAGUUCAAUAAGUAUAUCAGUAGCUAGGCAUACUGAUUCUGAUGAAUCUGAAAGCAAGGCAAUGGCAUCAAAAUUAGAUAUGUGCUGUGUCGCAUCUGAUUUCAUACCCAAAUUUGAGAAAUAUAGAAGCAAUAAUGAAAUUGACCAAGACAACAAGGAUGUAAAUAUGUUGCAGUUUGAGGUUCCAUCCUUUGGUUUAUACUAUGAACCACCAAAGCUGGAAAACUGUGGUAUUACCUUAAAUCCUAUGUUAAACACCUUCGGUUCAAAUCAACAGGCAUACAACUCUAGUCCAGUCAUGUCACCUAUCAAUUUCUUCACUCCACCUUGUGUGAAAGGUACUGGUUUGGAUGGUCAAAGCCCAGAAUCCAUACUAAGGAAUGCUGCCAAGAGCUUUCCAAAUACUCCUUCCAUACUAAGAAGAAGAAAGAGAGAAGCAAAUGCUGCAUUGCUCCAUGCUAGAAUUGUGCAAACAGAUGCGGUAAGGAACAAUAACAGUUUAUGUUCUCCAGAAGAGAAAGAGAAGAAAAUUAUGGAGCAGACUGAGUCUCCAAAUGGAAGCUUGUUUGAUAUUCCUUCAUGUGAUGGUAGUGACACCACUGGGAUGUAUAAUGGGAAGGACUUUAACGUCUCUCCCCUAUACUGUUUAAGGUCAAAACGAACUGCUAUUUUCAAGUCUGUGGAGAAACAACUUGACUUCACAUUAGACGAAGAGAAGUUUGGUACCCAUACCGUUCACAUUCAGAAAAAAUGGCGAUAACCUAGUUGGUAAAAUUUAGGUAUGUACAGUAAGUGGAUAAUUUUGUAGAAGAUGCACUUUUGAACUUCUUUUCAUACAAUCUAUUUUUAUAGCCCACUUCUUCUUUGCAUA